CGCUUUUCCAUGAGCACACAGUUCAUCACACUGCUUCGAGGGCAGAGAAUAUAUCUGCGCGAAUCACCAUGGUUUCACCACCUUCACCAGCAUACUUGUACCGUCCAGUGGAUGCCGGGCACGGAGGAUUUCGCGUUGCUAUCUUGGAACCGUCCAUCGAAUUUCUGCGCCGAUACGUUGCAGCUUACUUGAGACUUCCAUCGAGUCUUAUCCUAAUUAUGAGGCAAUUUCCUAUGUUUGGGGCGAUCCCAACAUCAAGACACCUUUGGAGGUCGAAGGCUCUGCGACAUAUUCGAUUUCCCGACAAGAAGCGGUACAUCUGGGCGGAUGCCUUAUGUAUUGACCAAACCAACCUCGAAGAACGCGGACAGCAAGUGCAGCAAAUGAAAGAGAUAUACUCCCACUGCACUCGAGAUCUAAUUUGGCUGGGCGAAUCCAACGAACGGACUGAACGAGGUAUCCAAGUCCUCAUGCAUGCUCAAAUUGUAAUUGGGAAGCAUACGAUGGAGUGGUCGGUGCUCAGUGCUAUUCUGGAUCACUCUGGAAUUCCAGAUCGCUUUCACGGACCUUUUGGACACGGCACAUUUGAACAAGAUAUUUGGGAUAUUUUCACGAGUGUUCAAGUCAUCCAGCAUCAAAGAGACAGUUUCACAAGAGUACAGCCAAUCAACUCGACAUUAUUGGACGUUCUUUCGAGGUUUCAACAAACCUAUAGCACAGAUCCCAGAGACAAGAUCUUUGGUCUGUUGGGUCUGGCAACAAAUGAGCAUGGUAUUGUUCCUAGCUAUUUCAAGUCAGUUCGAGAAGUCUACACCGAUGUUGCUUAUGCUCAAAUUCAAGCUGAGCAGAAUUUGGACAUGAUCGCGCAAAGUAUGUGGCCAUUGGGUGCCGGGUCAGAUGAAUCCAAAGAUGGUUUGAGCGCGUCUGUCACAGCCGGGCUUCCCUCUUGCGUGCCAAAUUUCUGGCUGACCGAGAGGGAGACUUUACUGUUUGCGCAGCGAGGUAUCUUUGCUGCUGGUUCCUCUAUCUUCUCCGAACCGGUCACUGUCACACCAUUGGGAAAGUUGUGCAUACGUGGAACCUUUCUGGGAAGCAUCAAAGUGCUGAGGGCAUUGGGCAGUGAGAUUGUCCCAAGGAAUCCAGGAGAAUCGAAGUGGGUCAAGCAUUGGCUACCAGAAUCAUUGAAAGAUGAUAGUGUAGGACAAAGCAUGUACCCAACAGGUGAAGAUCUGUUUGAAGCUUACUGGCGCACUUUACUUGCAGAUUGUCGAAUGUACCCUGCUCAAAGACUAUCACCACAAGACAUUGAGGAGCAUAGUCAGAUCUUUGGCAGGUGGCGUCAGUUCUCAGACGUGGCUUUACCAGACAAUUUGUUCCAAUAUACGUCCCAGGUUCCCGUCACUUGGAGCGAACGGGACGAGGAGGCCUAUAAGGCUGCUUGUGAGCUAGGGAGGAUCAACAGCCUUAAUCAUAAGAUGGGGAAAUGGCAAUUUGCUGAGUUGGACGCAGGUUUAUACGCAAUGGUACCUUGUCCUGCUUCCUGCAGAGCAGAUAGAACUGCUGUUCAAGUGAACGACUGGAUACUUGUCGUGGAUGGCGGAAAGGUGCCUUUGGUUAUUCGACAAGUGAAGUCUGGUCUUGAACAAGUGGACGAAGAAUGGGAAGUUCUUGGUACGGCAUACGUUCAUGGAUUCAUGGACGGGAGGGCAAAUGAGUGGGUGAAUGAGGCAAGGCUUGAGCGGUCCUCGAUCACUCUUGUUUGAAAUUUGGAGGAGGCCAUCUCUGAGGUAUGCCCUGUUUUGAAGCCGAGUGGAACCUUUGUCCUGAUCCUCGCCUCAGCCAAAGCCAAUAUGUCCUUAAACAGAUUUGUC